UAUAAAAAAUUCUUUUUAUAACAUAAACUUUUAAGUGCACUCUUGUAGUAUGUUAUCUUUUUUUUUUAAAAAAAAAAAAUCAAAAUAAUGAGCAGAAUUAGAUUAAAAUAAGGUAUAAAUUCAGAAUUCUCUCUGUUUGUGAAUAUUUUAUUGUUAUUUUUAUUUAAUAUAAAAUAUCAAACUUUCAAAGUAAUUUCAGUUGUUUUUUUGAUUUGAUGACUAUAAUUUAACAGUGUCCUAAACAAAAAAAUAAAAAAAUGAAUAGGAUAUAGAUUAAUGUGAACAGAAGACUUUUUUUUUUUUCUUUGGUAAUAAGCAGAAAACUGUUCUUAGAGAGAGAGAGAGAGAAAAAAAAAUUGUCAUUUUAGCGGUUCAGGGUGAGCAUGGUAAGAGAACUCCAAAAAGUCUUCGGCCAUUCCUGUUAUUGCUUCUUGACUGGAAAACAACAUGCCUUUUGCUUUAUAAAAACAAACAAAUUUCUAGUAGAAGGUAAUCGUUUCUAGUGGUACAAGUUAGCACUCUUUUCUACCCAGCACCUAGAAAUUAAGAAGACUUACCUCCUAUCCACGAACUGGGUUUACGUGACAUACCUAAAACUCUGCAAAAGAUAUUAAAAUAUUCUGUCUAGCUCUCCUAUAAAUCGACGAUACCCAGAAGCAAAAACCAUGGUGGUCUUUGAAUUUUGAAUAGCCAACAAAGUAGCAGAACAAAUGGGGAGGACUGGAGGCAAAGUUUUGGUGGUGCACUGUCUGAUGAGAGCAGUGCUGUUUACUUCGCUGCUUUGUGGAGGCAGUCCAAUAACCUUUUGCAACAUUGACACAAACCAGCUAAACGACUGCCUCCCAGCGGUGAGAGGCAUGUCACCUCCACCACCAACACAGAACUGUUGUGAUGUGAUUCACCAAGCCUACUUGCCCUGCCUCUGCUCAUACUUGCCUGUCCUCCCUAUGUUUGGGAUUGACCCAGUAUCCGCUGUGGCAUUGCCUAACAAAUGUGGCCUGGAAACACCACGGGAAUGCCAUGUGCCUUGAUAGCGGUUUCAGGUUGCUUUGAAUAAUGGCCGUGUUGUAUUUUCCCUGUAUUUUCAAUGUUGCUUUCUCUUGUUAGAUCGUAAAUUUUAAUAUUUGUCCUGAAAACGUGGUGCCAUAUAUUCAACAUGCACCUGUUCUUGCGUUGGAUUUCCUUA